AUGAUGCCUGCAGUUCCAGAGGUUUCAAAAGCAGCAUAUUCCUUUACACUGGCCACUGAUGCAGUAGUGGAAAAAGCAAACACCUUUGAUGUCAAUGCCUUAGGAAUAUUUAAGGAAGAACCACAGCCAGAUGUUAUUUCUGACAAUUGUUGGCCUUCCAUUGAGCAUUGCAACUUUGAACUGAAAGUUUCAGGCAAGAGCCAUUCACACAGCAUUGUGGAUUCAAAGGUUAUUAGUCCUAUAUUUGUGGGAUCAAAUGCAGACUGCGAUAAUGUAGAAUCAAAGUAUCAAAAUUUUACCGACUGUGAGCCAUCUGUCCACGUCACAGAAAGAAAAGAAAAACCCGCAAGUGGGGAUUUAUAUCAAUCUCUAAAAGAGCAGCUUGCUCCCGCCUUCCAAACUCCAUGUCCUGCUUUGUUUGGAUCAAAGUUGCUUAUUGGUACAUCAUUUUCAAGUAAUCCUUUACAUAGUUCAGGGCUUGUGCAGGAGACCAACAGCUCUCCUGGCCACUGUAGUUGUUCAGACGAGAACAUCCACUCUACGAAACCAGACAGUGAUCAAGGAAAGCUUUCUAAACCUGGAUUUCCUCCUUUCAAAAACCCCUCUACUUUCAUAGCUAGCUCUGGAACACUAUCCAAACCCUACAAGAAACAAAGCUUAGAAGUGAUGAGCAAACAAGCUCAUGUGGAAUAUGACGACAUAAGCAGCAGUGAUGAUGAAGACAGGCUGAUUAUAGAAAUAUAGUGACUAGUCCAUCUGCUGUUGAAGAUGAGGCAGGAGUGGGGAACCUUUUCUCAGUCAAAGGGCCACAUUCUCUCCUGGGCAACAUUCCAGGGGCCACAUACUAGUGGUUGGCAGGGCUAGAUGCAAAAGGUGCGUGGAAGCAAAGGCUACAUGGGCAGAGAAAUGGGUGUAUGACUCUUUUAACCUCUGUACAGCAAGCAACAUUCCAGCCAUGCAGAAAUCAGGUUUCUACAUCCACACCUCUGUCCUGGCAAGCAAGAAGCAUUAUCCCACCAAAAGCACUUGACAUCAGAGAAUAGGGUUGGCAAUAGAAGUGGCUUGGGGAAGAGUUCUGAAAGCUGGCCUGAAGGCCAAAUUCACACUCUAGACCUGAGGUUCUCCACCCGAUAUAGGGGCAUGAUCAAUAGGAAGUCCUGUAAGGACCAGACAAUUGUCAUUCUGCCUUUAUCCCCCACCUUAAGUGCAGGAAAAAAAACCAUUCCUGACCUCAGUUGUGUAUCUUUAAUGUGUUAAUACUUUUAUAUGAAGCAAGGAAGCAGUUGGUCCCCCCACAGUAAACCAACAUCACCAUAGCUCCUUGCUUCAAGCUUUGUUGUAAGCUCAGUGCUAUUGGUCAGUCUCUUAUGUUGAUACAAUAGAAGGCAGAGACCAUAUGCAAGUUGAGGGUUGAUGCUUGAGUGUCACCAACUCUGGAGUUGUUUUCCAGGCCGCUGCUUUUCUGCAAGUUUUUUCCAUCUAGACUUUUGCAUGAGGAGAUCUGUACCUUUAAAGCAUCCUACAGCUUUUCCAUAUUGCAUAUUCUGUGCUCCCUUGUGACAGACAACACAAGCAUGUUUUGCUUUGUGUUUUGUGCCUUCAGAAAUAAAAUUUGAAUAUUUUAUAUCCCCCUACUGCUCUGGUAACGUGGCUCACCAGUGUUGAAUAUUUCCUGAGGUUUCUGAAACUGGAAUAUUUUGUUUUCUAGGUUCAACAGGGUUGUUGUUCUUUUGUUUAAGCCCCAGGACUUGAAUGUAAAAUACCAAAACACAUUUCCUUCCCCCAUAGUUUUUGUGCUUGUCCAGUCUUUGAACUAGUGCAGCAGCAAAACACACUUCACUGAAGAUUCACCAGCUUCUAUGUACAAAGUCCAAUUGGUCAAAUGGGAUUUUUCUAAACUGAACCCAAUUUUGUUAUAACACAAAUUUGAAGUGAUGCCAAUUUUAGAACGCAAUUGCACUAUUGUAUUAUAUUCAGGUUUUAUAUUUAGCAUUUCAUGAGAUUUUUGGAAUACUUUUUGAUGCUAUGUUACAAGGCAAUGAAUCUUUCAUGUGAAACGCAUAACUGCUUGCUCCUUGAUCAAACAAAAUUUGUAAAAAUGAAACCUUGUAGGCCAGCUAUUCCUGCCGGCCCCAAGUCUGCAUACCUAGGAAAGGCACGCAUUACUGAACAAUAAAAAGCAAAGCAGCACAUCCAUAAGAUAUGUAGAGCUGAAAAUGAUCAAACUACUUCUUGUUCCUUUCCACCGUGUAAAUGCAGACUUUUUAUACAGUACUUUGCCAAAUUGGUAACCACAUUGUAAGAUCUUUGUAUUGAUUCCUGGUAUACUGAAUGUUGCAGGGUGGAAAAAAGCCUACCAAACCUAAAUUAUUAUUAUUUUUACUUCUAGUGAAGAACUAGUACAGAAUUGCAUAAGCUCUGUUGGAAGGUGUGUAAAAGAGGUAUGCAGUAUUGUCUUAGAAACUUUCUAGUAGGUGUUUCUUAGUGGGUUUUACAGAUGCUCUGCAAAUAGCCUUUCUAUCUUCAUGAAAUCUUGUGCUUAUUAAAACAUUACCAUAAUUCCAAGUGAAGACUACUGUCAUGGAUGUUUGUAUCUUUUCAGAGUGACAAUAAGAGGCAAUUCAGCUGCUCUUGUUAAUUGUAGUGUAACAAUCAUGACUGGAUGUGAAAUUUGUCCCCUUUGUUCUUAAAUGACAACCGUGCAGAUGCAUAGUGUACAAUGGUUAGUCAACAACAUUUGUUGAAUCUUCUGUCGUUCUGACCUUAUGCAUGUGCUGAAAGAAAAGAAUGCCAGGAGAUGCCACAUUUACGGGAAUC